GCGGCGGCCGGGGGCGACUGGAUCGCAAGGCAGGCGCGCGCACACCGGCAGCGCAGACAGGUGGGCGACUCCGCCCUGCACGCCCGAGCUGGCGGUGCUGGGUCCCAGACGCAGCCGCGCCCAGAGGAGCCGGUCCUUCUCCCGGUCCCCGCCUCCGUCGGAGGGCAGGCGUUGGCGUUAAUCACAAGCGUGGAUGUGUUUACAGGAUGUGAGUUGAGUUGUUGCCACCUUUGCCUUCUGAGAGCUUCUGAUGCCUCAUGGUGACAGGUGCAAACACUGAAGGGCAAUAUGAAGCCAGUAAAAAAAAAGAAAACCGAAGAACCUGAGUUGGAGCCCCUGUGCUGCUGUGAGUAUAUUGAUCGAAAUGGGGAAAAGAACCACGUGGCUGCUUGUUUGUGUGAUUGUCAAGACCUCGAUGAAGGCUGUGACAGAUGGCUUACCUGUAAAUCAAUGCGGCCAGAGACUUGCGAAAGAAUCACAGAUACGAUUUCUGAUCGCCUCCGAAUUCCUUGGCUUAGAGGAGCCAGAAAAGUUAAUAUUAGCAUCGUCCCUCCACUCGUGCUUUUGCCAGUUUUCCUUCACGUGGCUUCCUGGCAUUUCCUGCUGGGGGUGGUGGUUCUGACCUCCCUUCCCGUGCUGGCGCUCUGGUACUACUACCUCACUCACAGAAGGAAAGAGCAGACACUGUUUUUCCUCAGCCUUGGACUAUUCUCACUGGGUUACAUGUACUAUGUGUUCCUGCGGGAAGUGGUCCCCAAAGGGCGGGUAGGGCCCACCCAGCUGGCUCUCCUUACCUUCGGGUUAUUCCUGAUACUCUUAGCCUUGUACCGAGCCAAGAAGGACCCAGGCUACCUCAGCAAUCCAGCUUGCAGUGACAAAUGCCCCAGCAACAGCCAAAUCGAAUGCCUGAUCAAAAAGGGGCAAGAGAAGACCAAAGGGUUCCCUGGAACGGAUCCCUCAGGGAGCCUCAACAACCGCACACUGAAGGAUGAUAUUAAGGGCUCCUCCAGGGUGGCACUUGACAGCCCUGCCAAGGUGAAGGAGGACUGGUGUGCCAAGUGCCAGCUAGUACGACCCGCCCGGGCAUGGCAUUGCCGGAUAUGUGGCAUCUGUGUAAGGAGAAUGGAUCAUCAUUGUGUCUGGAUAAACAGCUGCGUUGGAGAAUCAAAUCAUCAAGCAUUUAUACUUGCCCUUUUGAUCUUCUUGCUCACUUCGGUGUACGGGAUAUCGCUGACCUUGAACACCAUUUGUAGGGACAGAAGCCUCUUUACAGCCCUCUUCUACUGUCCUGGAGUUUACGCAAAUUACAGCUCGGCUCUGUCCUUCACCUGUGUGUGGUACUCCGUGAUCAUCACCGCGGGCAUGGCCUACAUCUUCCUCAUCCAGUUGAUAAACAUCAGCUACAAUGUGACCGAGAGGGAAGUCCAGCAGGCCCUUCGGCAGAAGACAGGCCGCCGGCUCCUCUGUGGGCUCAUCGUGGACACAGGCCAGUACAACAGGGGCUUCCUGCGCAAUUGGCACCAGUUCUCCACCCUGGGCGCACACACUGCCCACGCCCCUGCUGAGGACAUUGUCUGAAGUGCCUUCCGUGCAACCUGAGGGAUACUCCUUUCUCUGUCCUGUCCAUUCCAUACUUCGGUAUCCACGAAGGGUUCAUCUUCAUCACGUGUAGGGCCGUGCUCAGGUUUGAAGACAGGACUAAAGAAAAGGUCAUUUCCUCUGACUUCAUAACUUAAGGGAUUUUGAUACUGAAGCUGCAGGCAUAGAGCCGUUCCUUUCCAGUCACCUUCUGACUCAGUCACCAGAAGCUGCCAGGGAUGUGUGUUACUCAGGCACUGGCCAGUAGAAGGAGUUUCUGCCCAUUCAUCUGAGGAGGAGUGUUCAUGGGAUAGUUCCUAGUCCUCCUUUCAGUUCUUAAGAGCCAUAUGACCCCUUGGUAGAGUGGCUUUCCCGAGUCUCAGGUUCAUCUGCAUGGGGGCCUCUGCUGCCUAGCUACCUCCUGGAGCAGCCAUGAGGGCCAUCUGAGGAAGGACAUGGAAAGUACUGUGAAGCAGCCUGUAGAUCAGAACAUUGAAGCCAAUAUUAUUAAGGCAAUCGGUGUGUACAGUUAUAGAAGUUCUUAGUGACAGACCUUGUCCUCAGGACCGGAGGUGACAAGAGGCUCGAUGCUGGUCAUCUCAUCUUACUAUCUACGCUGUGUGCAGUGGGCAGCAAUUUAAGCGGCGAGUGUUUGCUGAUGGAUCAUUUUAGAUUUACUCUAAUGCUAACAAUUUCUUUCCUCCUUCCCAUUUCACCUGGUGAGGUGCUAGCACACUGGUGGGUGAUGGUGGCUGGAUGGGAGGAGACUGUCCUGGGAGAACAUUCUACCCCUCUCCUGCCUAGGGAGGCUGACUAAUAUCAAGGGCUUGAUUUUUUAUUAUUGUUUGUGUAUAUCUAGUGCUGUAGGUUUAUAGCACACAAUGGGAACAUGCGCUUGGCAUGAGCUCUCGGGGUGACUGACAGCUUCCCACAUCCACAUUGCUGCUUGCUCCCCCUUCCCUACUGAAAGUGUCUAGGAGCGAAGAACCGGUAUGUGUGCUUUCUGACAAUGGACACCUGACUGCUCUUCCUAACCCCUAAUGCUGCGCUGCUCCUUUGUGUCCCGGAGCUGGAAUGUAGGAAAGACUGUGUGUUCCCACAGAAUGCACCAUCUUUCUGCUCCUUCUUGAGGUCUUUGGUUUUUACACAUGUACUGUUCUGGGAUCCCAGAUCAAAGAUAAUUUCUGAGACCUUAAAUUUGCCUUGGCCUUGUUGCUCAGAGAUGGGAAACAGUGCUGUAUUUUCCCUUUUGUGCCUGCUUGUAAGCAUUGAGAGGAAAUACCACCGCCUCUGAAUUAGCCCUGUGCUUUGCAGCAGGGGCCACCCUUAGCCUCUCCACUAGCCAGGGCUCUCCUGAAGACAGGCGCCACAUUUUCAUCCAGGGUUGCCAUUGCUCUCCCCAGAGAUCUAUUGUUAACGAACGCUAGACUCCAUAUUCUACUGGGGUUCACUAGAGAGAGCCUGGGGGUGUUUGCAGUUUCUUCAGCGAUGCCUGUCCCUGGCAUAGAGUCAGACACUCAUUUAGAAUGAAAGUUGGCUUGGAUACAACUAAUUUCUGUGUGGGUUUUAGGUAAGAGAGAUGGUAGUAAUGUCAGACAGUCUAUGUGGGCAGAAAUUGGUAGUUUUCAUGUCUCUUGAAUGCCAGGUAUAUAGCCAACUCUGAAUGUCUGGCUGCUGCCAACAUUUAUAGAAAUCAUGUAGUCAGUAUUUGUAGCCUGCCUCGUUUCCAGCAGCAGUGCAGAUGUGAUGGUGAGUGCUGCGGCAAGACCCGUCACUGGGAGAGUGGGGAUGACCACUGCCUUCCUCAGAGUUUGCCAUCAAGGGCCAGUUCCCCUCUCGCUGUUGGGAGGACUCAUUUUCGGCUCUGUGGCUCACUGGAAUGAAAUGAAGAUGCUUAGAUUUUCUUUCUAGAUUUUCUUUUUAUUUGUGUGUGUGUUUGUAUGUGUGUGUGUGUGUGUGUGAAGGCCAGAAGAGCUCUCUUAGAGCUGGAGUUACAGGCAUCCAGGAGCUACCUGCCGUGGGUGCUGAGAACUAAACUUGGGUCCUCCAGAAGAGCAGCCUGUGCUCCCAACUGCUGAGUCAUCUCUCUAGCCCCGGAGUUUCAGAAAGACAAACCUGUGAAAAGAUCCUUGUUUUGUGGGUCUUUCAGCCUUCCCAUUCACUCUUCCCUACUGAAAGUUUCUAGGAGAGAAAAACCGGUAUGUGUGCUUUCCAACAGUGGACACCUGACUGCUCUUCCUAACUCCCAAUGCUGCGCUGGAACAUAGGAGAGACUGUAUGUUCCUGCGGAACGCGCCGUCUUUCUGCCACAGAGAUGGGAGAUUAAUAUAAGGAAAACUCCCUCUUGAUGUGUUUGGUUUUUACACACGUACUGUUCUGGGAUCCCAAAGAUCAAAGGUCAUUUGUGAGACCUUAAAUUUGCCUUGGCCUUGUUGCUUCAUAGAGGGGAAGCAGGAAAUACAUACUCAGCCUUCUGAAGGGCUUGUUUUUAGGAGACAGUAAACCAGGGGCUGUCCACAAGCAGCUUCUGCUAGACCCCAGGGUAGCUUUGGCAUAUAUUCCUAGACUUUUGAGCUUUCUUAUGAUUGCCACAUGUUGGUGGGAUUCUGUUGUAGGCCUUGGUAUUCUCCACUAAAAUGAAGCCCUAGAUGUAUUUUAGGGACAGUGCUGUCUGUUUCUUCAGCCACAUGGCUGUCUAGGAGAUUGUAAACCUCUGCUCUCCGAGCGGCGCUUUCCUUUGGUGAACGCAUUGCUUGCCGUCUACUGUACCAUCUGCCUAGAAGGAAGAUGGCUGAAAACUUCUCUUAUGCAAUAGUCCUCGAUACUUCUAAUAUUUUUAGCAAGAGAAAACUUUGUAUAUCAGAACCUUCCACUGCCAGAAAACACAACGCCAGUAAGAGCCUGUGUAAUGCUGAUAUCUGCCCAACAGACUUCCUUCCUUUGGUAGGACAUCUGCUUCUUAUAGAAAUCUCAACUGACAGAAGCAAAAAGCUGUAGACACACAGCUUCACCCUCAAAGUUUAGAAGAAACGUUCUGUGCACUCGCCCAUCUCUUUAAACUAGCUGAGUGGGCUUCUGGGACUCCACUUUCUGUUAGCCACAUUUUGGUACCCUGCUUUUUAAAAACGAGACUUUCUUCCAGACAAGGAGUGGAUGUGACUUGUGCUGGCGGCCCCUGCUUGGAAUCUGGUUUGCUUAGCAGCAGUUUAAACAUGCAGAGGUCGUGUGGGCAAGAGUGAAAACCAUGUUAAUUAAACUGAGCACCACAUGGAACUCCCGAUGUCCUGAUGCACUGGAGCUGGCUCUGAGCAUCCACUGUGGGAAGCAGGGAAUGGUGAGCGAAGCAGCCUUGCUCCACACUGGGCUUGAGCCUUCCUGGGGCACAGUUCACCUUUAGAAAUUCAUAUCUAAAAAGCAAAUCUUUAAAACCAGAGAUGGUUUGUUCUAAUGAUACAAGAUGCCAUGUAAGAGUAGCAAGCUCCAUUCAUGGUGCCAGGGUCUGGAUGAUUUGAUGAUUUGUUAGGGCUCAGGGACCUUUGCAUCUGAUCUGAUUUCAGAAUCUGAUGUUAGACUAAGAGAAAUCCAGGAAUGAAUUUAACAUUAAAUUCAGUAUUUAAUAUGGACGGCCCAUCAACAGGCUGGAGUCUGAGGGGACAGCUGCACUUCUUUUGUGCCUGGUCCACGUCCUGCCACCUCAGCUCAGAAGCAAGGCCUUUUAAAUGGAGAUUUUACUAAACACUGCCAUUUGUGCUAAAUAAAGUCCUGUGACAAGUUGUUUAAAAGGAAAUAAAGUGCUUUCUUUAUAGAAACAGUUGGUGAUUCUUGGUGUGUCCUGAAAUGGUUUGCCUUAAGAAAACCCUAAGCUGCGUGACCUCCUGACAACUUUGUCCCCACCCGUGGUCCUCCCUGGUUCUGUAGAUCAGAUACUGUUUAUAAAGGCACUAGUUAGCAGUCAUGUCUCAGACCCUGUCUUCAUCACGGCCCGUCAGGGGUCUGAUCCUUGCAGAAGGGUCUAUAAGCUGGUACUGUGGCCUAGUCAAAAUAUGUGUCCCAGAGAAGCAAUUUCUGGUUGGUGCUUGGGGUGAAGCAAGAUAACAUUUAAGAUAGAAAACUUAAUUUUAUAUGACUUACUUAGGACAUGUUUAUUGCAAGAACUUACCCUUUUCUGCAGGCUUGUCAUUAAAUUAAUAUUUGUGUGUGGUUUUGAUUUGUGUUUAGUUGUUACUGGCUAAUAUUUUCAUGAUUGUGCUAUAAUUAUAAACAGUGGUUUGCAUGGAAUGAGAAUAAAUAUGUCUUUAGUCCCAUUUUUCUUGUGGCCAUUGGUCUUCAAAGCACUUGUGUUUGUGGAUGACGGCCGCAUGGUGAUGUUAAAGAAGAAGGUGUGUGGCUGGGUUGCAGUUCUGCCAUUCUGUUGUCUCUCAGCCCACCCUCCACAUCUUUCAUGACAAAAGGACCAGAGUCUGCACUGCGUGAGUGUGGCUAGGUGGCUUCAGGACGAUGCUGAAUCAAGCACGCUCACUAGUCUACCAGUUCAGAUGU